CGCUUUCGAAGCCCACCAUCCCAUUCCCACCCAAUUCUUCCCUUCUUUGCCUCCCACAAUUGGCUUCUCGCCGCGCCCUCUUUCCCCCCUCCCCUCCCCCGCCCCGCCCACUGCCCGCUCGAUCCAGCGCGAGAGCACCAGAUGGAUCGGCUGGCGCCGGACCAGCGGCCGACGCUCUUCUCGCCGUACCAGAUGCGCCGCUUCAGCCUCGCCCACCGGGUGGUGCUGGCGCCGAUGACGAGGUGCAGGGCCAUCGGCGGGCUGCCGGGGCCGGCGCUGGCGGAGUACUACUCGCAGCGGGCCACCCAGGGAGGGCUGCUCAUCUCCGAGGGCACCGUCGUCUCGCCGGCGGGGCCGGGGUUUCCUCAUGUCCCUGGAAUAUACAAUCAAGAGCAGAUAGAUGGAUGGAAAAAGGUGGUGGAUGCUGUUCAUGCCAAGGGAGGCAUCUUUUUCUGCCAAUUAUGGCACGUAGGCAGAGCUUCUCACCAAGUAUACCAGCCAGACGGCGCUGCUCCAAUAUCCUCAACUGAUAAGCCAAUAUCAGCAAGGUGGAAGAUAUUGUUGCCUGAUGGUUCAUACGGAACCUAUCCCACACCAAGGCGCCUUGCGACAUUGGAAAUACCGGACAUAGUUGAGCAAUAUCGCCAAGCUGCCAUAAACGCCAUCGAAGCAGGCUUCGAUGGCAUCGAGAUCCAUGGCGCUCAUGGCUACAUCAUUGAUCAGUUCCUCAAGGACGGCAUCAACGACCGCACCGACGAGUACGGCGGAUCGCUCACCAACCGUUGCAAGUUUCUACUCGAGGUGACCCGAGCCGUGGUAUCCGCCAUCCGAGCAGAGCGAACUGCGGUGAGGGUGUCACCGGCCAUCGACCACCUUGAUGCCUACGACUCGAACCCGAUGCAGCUCGGCAUGGCCGUCGUUGAGCGGCUCAACGCCCUCCAGCAGGAAGCCGGGCAGCUUGCCUACCUCCACGUGACACAGCCAAGGUACGCGGCCUACGGGCAGACGGAGUCGGGCCCGCACGGCAGCGCCGAGGAGGAGAGCCGGCUCAUGCGCACCCUGCGGGGCGCCUACCGGGGCACGUUCAUGUGCAGCGGCGGCUACACGCGGGAGCUCGGGCUGGAGGCGGUGGAGAGCGGCGACGCCGACCUGGUGUCGUUCGGGCGGCUGUUCAUUUCGAACCCGGACCUGGUCGAGCGGCUCAGGCUCAACGCCGGCCUCAACAAGUACGUGAGGAAGACGUUCUACACCCCUGACCCCGUCGUGGGCUACACCGACUACCCGUUCCUCGGCAAGCCUAAAGCGCGCAUGUAGUGUGUACAAGGUUAGUGAUCGGAGAUGGGAUUUAUUGUUAAGUGUAUUUGGGGGAGUAAGGUCAUAUACGCGCAUGUAGUGUACACGAAUUAGUGAUCGGAGAACAGAGAUGGGUUUGUGAAAUGUAUUUGGAGGAAAUAAAGUAAUAUACGUGACUGUAAUUAA